AUGAGAUUUUUAUUGUUUUUGGUUUUGACGAGAUAUGCGGUCCGGUGCGACGAUGAAAGCAACAACUAUUACGUCAUCGAGGUCCCAGACGUUGGCAGAGACUACAAAAAGCCCUUCCGAGUAUACUGGAACGUGCCGACGAUGCAAUGCAAAUCGAAGAAAAUACCAUUCGACAACCUCCAUGAGAAAUACGGGAUCAUACAAAACAAAGAUGACAAGUUUUUAGGCGAAAACAUCGCCAUUUUGUACGACCCCGGUUUGUUUCCCGCGUUGUUGAAAGAUGAAAAGAGCGGGAAAUUCAAAUUUCGAAAUGGCGGCGUUCCGCAGGAGGGCAAUCUCGAUAGCCACUUGGAUGCGUUCAAGAAUUCAGUUAAACAGAGUAUACCUGAUGCGGAUUUUAACGGUGUCGCAAUAAUCGAUUUUGAAUCCUGGCGCCCGAUUUUCCGACAGAACUUUGGUGUUUUAACACCAUAUAAGAAUGUUUCCUAUGACAUAGAAUACAAGCAGCACUGGUGGUGGCCAAAAACCUGGAUAGCUGCUGAGGCGAAACAACGUUUCGAAGAUUCCGCCCGUACUUUCAUGCAGACAACGAUAUCAAUCGGAAAACAGAUGAGGCCGAAAGCUCUUUGGGGGUACUAUGGGUUCCCAUAUUGUUUCAAUAUGGCCUCUAAUAAUAAGGCUGAAGAUUGCCCGAAAAAAGUUAAGUUGGAGAACGAUGAGGCUUAUUGGCUAUGGGAGGAAAGUUCUGCUCUUUAUCCGUCCGUAUACAGUUCCCAAGAUCUCUCGUCAUCAGAACUGUCCGAACUUAUUCGAGGUAGAUUGAGAGAAGCAUCGCGUCUAAAGAGUCGUGGUACACCAAUAUUGCCAUACUUCUGGUACAAAUAUAGAGAUGGUGGAUUUUUGAAAGAGGGAGACUUAUCCAUCGCUCUUCAAUCUCUAUACAAGUCAAACGCUUCUGGAUUAAUCAUAUGGGGAAGUUCUAAUGAUGUGAAUUCAAUAGAGAAAUGCCAUAAACUAAAAGACUACGUAGAAAGUACUUUAGGACCUUAUAUUGCAAAGUACACUAAAAAUGUACAAAAGCUACAAAAUAAUUAUAAUAGUGACGAUGAAAAUGAUGUAAUGACUAACGUAACUCUAUCACCUGGUAGUGAUUUUGAUAAUUCAUCAGAUAAUCAAAGUGUAAUAAAUGAUGAAGACAAAAAUCAAACAAUUAAAUUAAAUCAUUUAAAUGAUAGCUUCAUUUUUGAUAAACUUAUAAAUACAACUUCCGAUGUCAGUAAACAAGAUGAAUUCGAUCAAAGUGAGUUAGACAUACAAACCAGUACGGUAACGGAGAGUAAAUUGACAACUCAAAAUACAGAUACUACAACAGAAUUCGCUUUUAAUAAAGACAGUACUACUGAGGUAAAUACUGAAGAAAUUUUUGAAUUUUCUCUUUCUACUGAAGUCACAACACGCUAUCCAAGUACAAACGAUAUCACAACAAAGUAUCCCAGUGUUUUCGAAGUCGAAAAUACUACCUCCAUUGAAGACACUUCAACAACUGGGGACUACGAUCUUUUGGAGAAAUCCGAAUUUAAAAGGAUCUUAAAUAAUGAAUAUCUCCUAUUCACAAAUAUAACAUCACAAGACUUUACAACUGAAAAUAAUGUACAAGGCUCCACUGUUUUGAAUAGUAAUGAUGAAAACACUACAGAGAAUUAUGAAAAAUUUUCUACUUUAGAUUAUUUUGACAACUCUACCGAAACAGUACUGUCGGAUGAGCAGACUGGAUUCUCUUCAGCGGUCGGCACCAAGAGCUUCAUGUCUUUAAUGUCUUAUCCAGUAAUAAUUUUAUAUCUUAACUACCUUUAUUAG